CCAUCAGCAUGUCUACAUGGUCAGCAGGCCAAGGACAGUGUCAUGAACACAGUCUACCAUCAGCAUGCAAGGACAGUGGUGAUCAACUGCAAGAUGGAGGAGAGAGAACAUCACUCAUGUGAUCAUUGCAGUAAUUCCAUGUUUUAUCCUUCUUUGCCAGACGCGACAUCAAAAUGGCGACACACACUUCCUGACACUAGAAGAAAUUCUGGAUGAGACCAAACUCCUUGACAUCGGCAUGAAACAGAAGCAGUGGCUCAUGACUGAGGCACUGGUCAACAACCCUAAGAUCGAUGUCCGAGAUGGCACUUAUGGCUUCAAGCCCAAGUACAACCUGAAGGACAAGAAGGCUUUACUGAGGCUGCUGGACAAACACGACCAGUUGGGCCUGGGAGGAGUUCUGCUGGAUGAUGUGGAGGAGGGCCUGCCCAACUCUGCUAAAGCCAUCAAGGUCUUGGGGGAUCAGAUCACCUUCGUGACCAGACCAGAUAAGAAGAAGAUCUUGUUCUACAAUGACAAACACUGCCAGUUUGUGGUGGAUGAAGAAUUCCAGAAGUUGUGGAGAAGUGUUCCUGUGGACUCCAUAGACGAGGAGAAGAUUGAGGAGUACUUGAAGAAGCAAGGCAUCUCCUCCAUGCAGGAGUCCGGACCAAAGAAAGUGCUGCCAGUGCACAAGAGGAAGAAGCAAGCGGGUCAGAGGAAGAGACACUUCAAGACCCACAACAACCACCUGGCAGGGGUCCUGGAGGACUACACCGAUGGUGUGCCUGCCAAGAAGUGAACAUUCUUCUCCUGUUCUGUGAACAACUACUACUUGCUGGCACGUGAGGGAAGAGCUGUCACUCAUCCUGCUCACGUGAUGGAAGAGCUGUCACUCAUCUUUCUAGCUCAACACUUUACCUACUUUUUCUUCAGCACCAAGGUGUGUGUGUGUGUGUGUGUGUGUGUGUGUGUGUGUGUGUGUGUGUGUGUGUGUGUGUGUGUGUGUGUGUGUGUGUGUGUGUGUGUGUGUGUGUGUGUGU